UCGCCAUCGAGUCAGCACCUCUCUCAUCUCCAUCGUCUCUCCUGAAAGUGAAAACCAGUUUUUAAUUGAAUUAAAAUCAGAAUGACUCUGAUUCCGUGCAACGCUCAAAGUGAGAAACUCUUCCGGCCGUGGGAUUCAGAUUGCGGCGCAUCCGCCCGCACCAGCAACAGCAAAGAAUCUUCUCCGGCCGCUGCAAUCAUCCUGGCCAUGAAGGAAGAACAACACGACCGGCUCUUGGUCGUCAGCUCGCCGGAAUCUUCACCAUCCGGAGCUCAUUCCUCAUCUUCAUCCGGCGCUUCCUCUUGUGACGAGUCGGAAGCUUCUUCAUCCAGCAGCAGUUUGGGUGCUGGAUCACCAGCAGCUUCCGCCUAUUCUUAUUCGGCCAUCCAGCAGGCCUACUCGGCCCACAUGAUGUCCCUGGGCCACCACCACCAGCCGUCGCCUUUCCUUGCUUCCGGAUGGAUGCCCAGCGCCGACACCUUUCCCCAUCCGUAUCACCUACACCACCACCACCAGUUGCCACAGCAUUUCCAGCCGGAAGCUCCGUCGAUGGAACGAUUUUUGGCUUCACUGGAAUCUUCGCCGGAAGCUUUGCAUCCGAGCCGAUUGGCCGCCCUGGGAAUGGGCCCCAACGAGAUUGGCGAACUUUACCAAAUGGCCGGAUUCAAGCCACUGAUCCAGCACCAUUACCCGUCGGCCGCCAUGGCCGGAACCACCUCCUCCUCCCACCAUCACAAUCCGUCUUCCGGUUCGGGCAAUAAGAAGCAGCGACCCAAGCGAUUCCGGUGCCCGCACUGUCAGGUGGCCUUUAGCAACAAUGGCCAACUCAAAGGCCACGUCCGCAGUCACACUGGAGAGAGACCGUUCAAAUGCGAUGAGGAAUCGUGCGGGAAAACGUUCACCCGCAACGAGGAAUUGACCCGUCACAAACGAAUCCACACGGGACUGAGGCCGUUCUCGUGUGCCGUCUGUUCCAAACGAUUCGGCCGACGGGAUCACCUGAAAAAGCACAGCCGCAUCCAUCAGCGCAGCAGCAGUGGCCAUUCCGCCUCUUCCGCCGCCCACCACGGAUUGAACACGAGCGGAAGCUCCAGCGGUGGCGGCCAACUGGACCUCCACCACCUCCCGUACCACUACCACGGCGGUUUGAGCGUUCUUCAGCCCGCUGGAUCAAUUCCGUCUUCUUCUUUAUCCGGCGGAAGUAGUUUUUCCUUCCAGUGAAUCCUCCUCGACUGAGUCGCUGUCUAUAAUUACAUAAUAAUACCUCGCGCAGAUUGUCCAUAUCGUAAUGUACAUAAUUGAAAUUGUGUAUUUGUACACUCGUCGUUUAUUCUGAA